GUGGACUCCAAUCCACUGAACGUCCCGCAGGUGGACUCCAAUCCACUGAACGUCCCGCAGGUGGACUCCAAUCCACUGAACGUCCCGCAGGUGGACUCCAAUCCAUUGAACGUCCCGCAGGUGGACUCCAAUCCACUGAACGUCCCGCAGGUGGAAUCCAAUCCACUGAAUGUUCCACAGGUGGACUCCAAUCCACUGAAUGUUCCACAGGUGGACUCCAAUCCACUGAAUGUUCCACAGGUGGACUCCAAUCCACUGAAUGUUCCACAGGUGGACUCCAAUCCACUGAAUGUUCCACAGGUGGACUCCAAUCCACUGAAUGUUCCACAGGUGGACUCCAAUCCACUGAAUGUUCCACAGGUGGACUCCAAUCCACUGAAUGUUCCACAGGUGGACUCCAAUCCACUGAAUGUCCCACAGGUGGACUCCAAUCCACUGAAUGUUCCACAGGUGGACUCCAAUCCACUGAAUGUCCCACAGGUGGACUCCAAUCAACUGAACAUCCCACAGGUGGACUCCAAUCCACUGAACGUCCCACAGGUGGACUCCAAUCCACUGAAUGUCCCACAGGUGGACUCCAAUCCACUGAAUGUCCCACAGGUGGACUCCAAUCCACUGAAUGUUCCACAGGUGGACUCCAAUCCACUGAAUGUCCCACAGGUGGACUCCAAUCCACUGAAUGUCCCACAGGUGGACUCCAAUCAACUGAACUUCCCACAGGUG